AUGUACUUCGGCAAGCAUAUCCAGAAGCGUCAAUUGGAGAUCCCCGAGUAUGCGGCAAGCUUUGUAGACUACAAAGCCUUGAAGAAGCUCAUCAAGAAGCUGAGCGCGACUCCAAUACUUGCAGCAACUGCUACUGGCAGCGAUGGUGAACCGCUGCAGGACUCUCAAGCCUCACUUCAGGCAAAUAAGGCAACCUUCUUCUUCAAGCUUGAGCGAGAAUUGGAGAAGGUCAACACAUUCUACCUUCAAAAGGAGGCCGAACUCAAACUUCGCCUGCGCACCCUAUUAGACAAGAAGAGAGGUCUACAGUCCCGAGCAACUCCAGCUUCGAAACUUUCCUCCAGCUAUGUCACUCUCGACGAAGGCUUCCGCCUCUUCAGCAACGACCUCGACAAGUUACAGCAGUUUGUGGAGGUGAACCAGACGGCGUUCUCGAAGAUACUGAAGAAGUGGGACAAAUCCUCAAAGUCUCGAACCAAAGAGUUGUACCUCUCGCGCGCGGUCGACGUGCAGCCCUGCUUCAAUCGCGACGUUAUAAGCGACCUCUCGGAUCAAGCCACAACCGGGCUUCUGGAGUUGCAGGCAUGGGCAGAAGGAGAGAAGAUCGCAUACACUCCAGCUGUAGAGCUCGAGAACAGGACACAACCUGCAGCCCAGGACGAUGAGAUCGAGAACCAAGUCCUGCAGGCAAUCAAUGCAGGAAAUGCUACCCUCGUGAAAGAGUGGUCCAGCAGGAUAUUUGGAAACGAGGAUGCCAGAGAGCGCAUCAGUCGAGUCUUCCUGAACACAGUCAACACGGCAGCUCCGGUUGCACAGGAUGUCCUGUACCAGACGAAUCUGGUGGACUUCAACUAUGCCGACCCGAUCAACGAGCGAAACUGCAUACACGAGGCGCCUGUCUUUGGAAAAGCCAACGUUCUCCAGGCGGCAUUGGCCAAGGGCGCGAACAUACGAGCCCCAGAUGUCUAUGGCCGCAUCCCACUGCAUUAUGCAUGCAUGCACGGAAGAAAUGAGAUGGUCAAGAUGUUGGUCGCGGCGGCCCAGGAUACCGUGGACUUCAAGGACCUGGACAACUUCACACCCCUGGUCCACGGCAUCGUCCACUCACAGGCUACCAGUGUGCAGGAGAUGCUGCAGUAUGGCGCUGUGGUCAAUCCUACCGGCUCGACGGACCAUCUUCCUCUCAAUUUGGCGUGCCAGUAUGGUUCGGUCCCGAUCGUGCAACAGAUAUUGCGAUUUCAGCCGGCGAUCGUGCCUGACGCUGAAGGAUUGUAUCCCCAGCACCUGGUAGCACGCUUUGGUAGAAACAACCAAAUCUUGACGAUGCUGAAGGCUUACGGCGUGGACAUGGAUCAGCCGGACAAGCUCUACCAAUGGACGCCAAUCUUUCACGCGGCGUCAGAAGGGCAUCUUGAGUGUCUACGACAGCUACUGGAAUUCGAUGUCGAUCCCGUUGUGAUUGAUGAGAAGGGCUUGUCAGCGAUGUACUAUGCGGCUUGGGAAGGCAAGCUCGAUUGUAUGCAGCUGCUGGCUCAGGCAGGCGCUGGAUCGAUGGGUGAUGGUGCGGCACGGCAUGCUGUGGAUGUACAAAUGGAACCCCCACCACCGCCAACUUCAGGCUCCGUCGCACUUUCGAAUGACCCCGAAAACAUCCCAUCGCUCAGCCUGCCACCCCCAAUCAUUCCUCUCCGACGGUAUGGCCAUAACUUCUUGGACACCACCAAGACGUUCAUCCUCCUCUCUUUCGACGGACUGGAUGACGAUGCCAUCGAGUUCUACGGUGACAGCAAGUAUCCAGCUGCACGUCUGACAAUCUCUUCCAAGUCUUCUGACUUGAUCCCGCGUAAUCUGCCUCUGCCGAUACAGGACGACUUCAAGAACAUCUCCUUCACCAUUGAGAAUCUGGAAACCUUCAGCAUCGACUUCGACAUCUUCCCAACUUUUGGCAGCAAAGUCAUUGCCAGGGCCGCGGCCUCUAGUCGAGUCUUCACCAGCAAGGCCAGCAGCUCUGGGAAGUGGCAUCUUGAGCUUUUCGACCCCCGACUUCGUUCGAUUGGUCGCAUCAGUUUCCGUUUUCAUGUGGUCACACCUUUUCAUGGCAUUCCCCUCGAGAUCACACAUUUUGCCACCUACUGGAAAGCGACAAGCCAAUUCAGCGAAGACCAUCCUAGCAACCUGAUCACUGGCAGUAGCUUGUCUGGGGACUUCAUGAGACUGUUUGUACAGGUCACCAGAGACGGCGUACCUGUACUUUACAAUGACUGGGCGCUGCCGAGCAGCCGCAACGAUCUUGUCAGUAGAAUGACAUACAACGAAUUCGAAGCAGCAGGUUUGCACGCUGGGCGAGGACGCGGUAUCCUUCAAGGCCUUGUCGGUUCAGGCAUCGACCGCGACGAUCUUGCCAUUGCGCAGAGGCAGGUUGCGAGAUCGUACGCUUCACUUGCAGACGCACUGGCCCUAUUACCACCGGAUCUGCACCUUGAGAUCCAUGUCUGUUAUCCUACGCGGGCAGAGGAGCAGGAUCAACAGCUUGGGCCAACUCUCAACAUCAACAUGGUCAUCGACAGCGUGCUCAAGGUCGUCUUCGAUCAUUCAAGACAUCUGCGAGAGAUGAAAGAUCAGCCGUUGCGCAACUUCGUCUUUUCAAGCUACAACGCAGAUGUCUGCACGGCGUUGAACUGGAAGCAACCAAACUAUCCUGUCUUGCUGUGCAAUGAGCUUGGCGUUGCACCACCGAACGGUAAAGACAAUCACCCGAGCCACAAUAUGGUUACCAACUGCGGUCGAACCGACAUGUCUAUCAAGGAGUCAGUUCGCAUCGCCCAGAGCAACAACUUCAUGGGCCUUAUUUGCACGUCUCGCCUGCUUGAGCUAGUCCCGGCAUUGAUUUCAUCGGUCAAGGAGGCCGGAUUGGUGCUCAUUACCGACUACAGCCACGAUCUGACGCGGACCCGACCGGCGAACGUACUAAACUUACCACGCGGCGUGGAUGGAUUACUGAUGAACAAUGCGGUGAUGAGGUUUAAGGAGGCGAUAGAUCAAUAG